CACCUGAAAUGAGUCGCAGGCAGGUCACAGGAUCCAGCGCUACGCUAAGCUUUGAACUCUUUCAGAUUGAGACUAAGCGAUCAGGAACUGAGGAUGAGGAAUCUCCUAGAGACGCUGAAGCUCGUGGAAUGGAGGGAAAACCGGUUUCUCCAGUUGCUGAUGUGCCAAUACCAUAG